AUGAAGGAAAAUGAUUUAAUGUUUUUUUAUAUGUACAUACAUGAAGCAUUCGACUUGUGGCAUUUAGCGAAAUAUCUGCCUCCGAAAAUGAAAUAUGGAGAAGCAAUCAUAGACAAAUUUAAACCGAGCACAGCAUUAUUGACGAGGGUGAACUUUGAUGAGAGGACCAUCAUGAAAUUCUGUCACCAACAAUCUGAAGCUCGAUAUCAACAAGAUAGAUGA